AUGUCUUCAUCUUCACGCUCACCUCAAACGGAAAUUGCCCAAUCCAUCUUCCUUCGUCUUCCUCUCGAACUCCGCCGCAUGAUAUACAAGUUAUUGUUCCGAAGAAAACAAUUAGACAUCACCAAGUUCACUGCUUUGGAUGUUCUAUAUGGCGAGAGCAAAUUCCACGUCAGGAUUGAGGCUGGAUCCUUGCCAGAGCUUUCUGUAAAAAUAGGAGUCACAAACUUGUCUCGAAUUCGACACUUGCAUAUCUUUGCAUGUUCGAGAGAGCCAUACAGAAGCUUGGUACCGCCAUGCCGUCGCGGUUGGAAACUCGAUUCCCAUCAAUGGAAAUGUUUGCUCGGCAACAUUCUACAGCUAAUACUCCACGUACAACAACCUGAUAUGUGUAUGUCGUAUCCUGUAUCGAAACUGUACAAUGAAAGGGAUAUACCAAGGUGGAUAGCCUUCCUUGACAUGUUUCUACCUUUCGUCACUUGUUCGAUCGACAAAGAUACCAAAAUUUUGAUUCUGGAGGACGGUUGGUGUCUGACAGCUCGACAUGUGGCGAAAUAUUUCCGUCCUAUUCCCAAGAACCUGCGAAUAUACACGUUCAGGAUUAUGGAAUGUUUUAACUUUGCAUCAGCGGCAAAUGGAAUGGAGCGAUGGUUUGGGUUUUAUGCCGAUGGGGGAAUGUUAGCGUUUAUAUCAAAUGGCGUUCUGUAA